AUGAGUCUCAUUAAUAUUCCACGGAAGAAUAACCACACUGUUCUGAUUGAAAGCUCAUCAACAGUGAACCCAGUCUCAUUGUCACAUUCUAUAACAACAAUGUUAUUUUUAUCUGCUGUAAUGGUCGAAGACUUUGGAAUUUUUAACGACAGUGCUUUGAAAGGAAGGUACUUGAUGGGUUGGAGGUGUUUGUGUUGUUUUUCUUUUUUGCCCCAACUCUCUGUUUCGUCUAAAUGGUUAAGGCUAGACAAUUCUGAAAGUUUUCUUUUUCCAUUUUCUUUAGUAGUACUCUGUUUAGACUUAGCGUCAAAAUCAAGCGCACGAGUGCAAUUUCCUUUUCUAAUAUUGUACUUCAUUUGUUUGUGUACAUUCGUCACACGCUGUCUCAUAAGUCUUAAGAACCGGCCGCAUUUAAACCUACGGUCGCCUUCUAGUAUGUCUUGUUUGACUGUUUUAAACCAAGAUUCAACGGUACAAUUACUCUGGCGGAUUUCAAUGCCAUUGCUGACUUUAUUAUUCAUAAUAGGUGUCCACAGUGCUAAGAAAGCACAAUUUAAGGCUUCCGAUUUAACCUGUUCUUUGAUUGACUGA